AUGGACACGACAUGGCAUCAGACUAUUGACUGCUGGUCAGCUAACAACGACCGACUUUCCCAGCAAUUUGGAAUGUGGAUGAAGGCUUUCUUCGAUUCAAUGCCAUCUCCAACAUUGGCAGAGAUUCAGGCCCUGAACGACAAGAAAGAUGAGCUCGUACACCACACCGUUCAGGCUGGGAGUAAAGGAUUCGUGCCGGAGUUAUCUUAUUUAAACUCGCAAAAUCUACCAUUAUUUAACUUCGACCGCCAUUUGUUUGAAGACAAGACCUUGAACUCCGAAACGACCAAUGCAUGCGCAAAUAUACACCUAUACGACUUUCAUCCCCGAGAUGUUACGACCGAGAUGCGUUACCGAGAGUACGAUUUCCAAGAAAGAGAAGAAUAUCAAAAGAAGUACUCUUGGGUACAGGAUUAUGGUACCUUUCUUGAUGUUGUCCAGCUCUUCUGCUUACAAACUCGACUUCGAGAAUGUGAUUUUCCCCGCUGCAAAGAACUGAAAAAGCGUCUUGACGAGGUCCUGCCAUCUUGCGAGAAAUGGGAAAGGCUUCGCGACUGGGUUUUGACAAAUGCUGCAUGCCAGUUAGCAGCUGCCAAAGCCGGCUACCAGUGGCUUGACGACUUUUCAGCCUUCCAAUGGGAUAAUUUGAUGGAGCUGAAAAUGCAAUCUGGUCUCACCGGUGAUCCCAUUGCAGUUUUCGACAUAUGUAAGAUGACUCAUUUCUGGUUAUCUCAAGUUCAGAUUCCUUGCAGAAAAUUCGACAACGGGUUCCUAAGCUUCUGGAGAAACGACCCUGCCACUUGGGGAUGGAACAACGGUUCAAUCCCACAGUAUGUUGCGUUGCCUGCUGUCGACCGUGCUCUACAAAAGGCGCGACUCCUAAGACUUUGCAAGAAUCGGGUUUGGAACUUGGCAUACAGCUCCGAGCGCGGUGAAAACGAUAUCCCUGCAUUAAUGGAGCUUGCAGAGCAAACAAAGAACUCAGAUGCGUUGGCACAUCCUGAACACGAGACAUGCAGUGCGACACAGUGUGUAUUCCAGGAUGAGAACAGCACUUUAAAGAAGCAAUUACACAAGUGCAUAGAGCAAACAUGUCCUGGGAAGUUGUUUCCUCUGGAAGAGCUCAACGACGCAGUACAUCUUGGCAGGUCAACAGCAUGGCCUACGGCGUCGAUGGACUCAGAAAGAAUGUCCCUGCUACCAGAGUCGACACAGUUCAUGGCCAUCUCGCAUGUCUGGUCAGAUGGUACAGGUAUGGGGGUGUCUCAGGCAGGGGAGGUCAAUAGCUGUCUUCUGUUGUAUUUCAAAUCGCUAGCUGAGGAGCUGGAAUGUGACGGCAUUUGGUGGGAUGCUAUUUGUAUCCCGCCCGAACGACAGGCAAGGCGAAAGGCCAUCAGCAAAAUGCAUGAGAAUUACCUCCUCGCUAAGCACACCGUUGUACAUGACAGAUACCUCCUGCAGUGUGACUGGGCAAACGAUGGAAGUCCCGCGCUGGCACUGAUCCUUUCACCAUGGUUCACACGAGGCUGGACAGCGCUUGAGCUUUCUGUCACCAAAUCUAUUAAGAUAUUAUUCAGAGACUUGAGAAGCCCUUCUGGAUAUGUUGUCAAGGAUCUGGAUAAUGAUAUUUUGGCGAAUGGGAAUUUUGCCAAGCCUGGACACCUGGUUGCCUCAGGCGUGAUUAGCCGAUUGCGCAAGAAUGAGCCCAGUAUUACGGAUCUCUUGAUGAUUAUGAGAACGCGCUCAACUACCUGGACACGCGAUCGGAUAGCGAUUGCUUCUAUGCUGGCUCGUGUAUCGAAUUAUGACUACGAGGAUUCACCCGCAGCUGCAACGAUAAAAAUCAUGCAGUUGUACAUGGAGGUACCUCUGAACUUUCUGCUUCAUGGCUAUGAAACAGUGUCAACUUCAGGCGGCCCGUUCUCUUGGUGCCCACUGAAUCUUCUAGAUGGAACUCCCGCAACUUUGAGCAAUACUCCGAGCCGCAGCGCUCUGGAUGGGAAUAUCUUAGUUGACAGACUUGGCGCUGCCAUCGGUGUUUGGCGCAUCCGUUUGCUGAAAGAAGAGGAAAAGAGAACACUAAGACCUCAUGCCAUGCAUCCUUCUGUCCAAUAUCGAGUUGCAAAAGCCCUAGAAGAGAAAUGGGACCAUUGUCUUCUCCUUUAUAGCGACUCUGUGGGGACGCACCAACAUCCCGCUUUGCUGCUGUCUGUUGCAGGAAUUUGCUGGCCAGAAGAACGUUACGGUUUGGUACCUGUCACAGAGCCUUACAUUGACGGCCAUUAUAUCGGAUGCGUGUUCGACAGUAAUACUCCAACGGAGUCAUAUCAACGCCUGGGUGUGCGAAUUGGAUGCGACAUGAAUAAGCCUACUAUCUCUGCAAAAGACGUAGUAGAUAGGGCCAUCAAGCGAGUAUCAAAAGUGGGAUUAACAGAAGAUUUGACAAAGACUUUCCGCGAAGUUAUGGAGGCAUUGGUGGGAUGGCACCUGCCUUGA